GGAGUCCCCAGGGCCUCCCGACUCGGUUCUGCAAAGGAUAACCGGGUCUGGGAAGCGCGAGGGCCUCCGCUCCGACGUCGUCCACCAGCGGAUACUCGUUUAUCCGCUCGAAGUUUUGGCUUGAGCGAGGCUUCCUUGAACGUGUGCAAGGACUGGGCACUGAGCAGCUAAUUUCUGCUUCCCAAGAUGGAAGAAGACGCUAACCAGUUCCCUACGAAGGAGCUUUUGGACAAUGUCCCGAUUGUGGAAGAUGAAAGAGAUGAACUAGAGGCUCCAGAGUUCCAGGUUGAAUUUCUUCCUCCGGCAGCUGAGAAGGGUGCCGACUCGGGAGGCCGCCGCCGCCCGGGGAACGCCGAUGCUGACCCAGGUGGGAAGAAAACAGCCGCCCCAGCCAGGUUCCAGGCCUGCGGCCUGCGGGGGACCUUGGGCCGCCUGGAGACGCUGCGGGAGGAGAAAGAGCUGCUCGUGCGGAAAACCAGAGGAGAGCUGCGUGCUUGCCGCCAGAGGAUAGAGCUCAUCGCCAAGCAGCAGGCGAGCGUGGCGGCCGAGGUGGCUGCAGGGAGAGAGGCCAACAACACCGCCUCCGUGGGCCGCCUCCAGGCGGUGUCCAGACGCCUGUGCACGGAGCUGGACGACGAGAGAGCCCUGCAGUCCCAGCUCAGAGCCGCGUUGCUGAAGAGCGAGAGCGCCGUGUGGCACAUUGCGAUCCAGAAGGGACAGCUCGAGGACGUCCAAGCGUCUGCCCAAGAGGAGGAAGCGGCUGCCAGGAAGGGCCUCCGGGCACACGCGGCCGAGCAGCUGCACCGCGAGGAGGAGGCCCUGAAGAAGGCCGAGAGGAACCGGCUGCUGAGGGUCAGGAAAGCCAUGCACCUGCAGAAGGAGCACGGGCUCAGGCACCAGAAGCUGGUGGAAGACGCCAAGAAGAAUCACAAGAUCGCGGUGAAGUUCCUGAAGGCUUCCCUGGGAAGAAUCCGCGAGCAGGAGAGGGAGAAGGAGAUGGGGUCCCAGGAGCACAUGAAGAGGCGCAUGGACGCCGUGCUGGCUUUGAAGAACAGUAUCAGUGCCAACAGGGAAACACUCCGGAAAUUUCAAGCAUGGGGCCAGGCCAGGGCAGAGCUGGCUGAGCAGAAGGCCCGGGCCCAGAAGGAGAUGAUUCUGGCCCAAGGUGGGGACGCUUUCAGACACCUUUUCCAUCAACGCCAGCGCCAGGAGCUGGAAGCCCAGAACCGCGCCUUCGAGGAGCAGCAGAGGCUCAGAAAGCAGGAGAUCGUAGGUCGGAUUCUGAAAGAAGAGGCUGCGGGAGAAACCAGGAGGAAGAGGCGGUCUUCUCCCACCAAAGCCACGGGCCGGCUGACCCUGAGAGAUGAGACGUGGGGCUACAUCUCGGACGUCUGUGAGGACAGGGGCACGGUGGCCCUUCCCCGCAACCUGCCGCAGGACAGUGAAGCGGUCUCACCCCCCAGAGCCUCUCAGUUACUGGAAGCCAUCUCCUAUGAGUCUGUCCAGGGGGACUCGGGGAACAUCACCUGGGAACAUGACACGCUGGCCGAGCCGGAGAUCCCCGGGCUCUGGCAGGAAGACUAUAAGCCGAACCAGGUGCCCAAAGAGGAGGUGGACGGGAAGCCCGUGGGCGGGACAAAGAUGGACAAGGACAUCCUAGCACGCACCAUGGAGCAGCUGCGCAGCAGGGUGACCCACAGGCAGGUGGCAUCCGGGCACGAGUUCAAAGGUCGCCCCUUCAAUAGCAAACCCAAGCUCAUCCACUUCAAGGACUUCGACGUCGGCAAAGUAUACAGGAAGAAGAUCACGCUGAUAAACGCCACCCACACCACCAACCACUGCAAGCUGGUGGGCGUGGAGGAGCACCUCAGGGACUUCGUCCGCGUCGACUUUGACCCCCCUGGUCCCAUGUCAGCCGGGAUGUCCUGCGAAGUCCUUGUCACCUUCAAGCCCAUGAUAAACAAGGAUCUGGAAGGAAGCGUCUCAUUUCUGGCUCAGACGGGUGGAUUUUCCGUUCCACUGAAGUGUUCCACGAAGAAGUGUAUGCUGUCUCUUGACAAGGAGCUCAUCGACUUUGGCAGCUACGUGGUGGGUGAGACCGCCUCCCGGAUCGUCACGCUGACCAACAUCGGAGGUCUGGGCACCAAGUUCAAGUUUCUUCGGGCAUCAGAGUCCUGUGAGAUGGACAUCUCCCAGUCGGUCGCGAAAACAAGCAGUCUGUUCACAUAUGGAGAUAAAGGUAUUUACGAUAAAAUCACCACCAGCUUUUCUGAGCAAAAGAUUGAGGGCAAUGAGUCCCCUCCCGCAGACAUGACAAGCCAGAAGGAGUCUGGGAAGCUGGACGGCAAGAAGCAGGAGGAGGGGCGCCCUGCAGAAUCAGAGGGAGUGACCAUGAGCACUGUGAUGACUGUACCUCCCAACGAGGAGCAGACGGAGAUCUCUCUGGGAGAGGUGGCAGAGGGGGAGAUUGGCCCCUUCGGCUCCAUCAAAGUGCCGGUCAUCUUCACGCCCAUCAUCCCAGGAGCGGUCUACACCAAGUUCAAGGUCGUGUUUAAGAAUCAGCAGUGUCCCACGUUAUAUUUCAGAGUCACAGGCGUUGCUAUCGACGUGCCCGUGUGGGUGCCAAAGCCCAGCGUAGACUUGAAGAUCUGCAUGUACGACCGGCUGUAUCAGGACUCCAUCCUCGUCCACACACGGUCGAAAGCGGCCCUGCGUCUGAAGUUUGAAGUGUGCGAGGAGCUGAGGGGCCACAUGGAGCUCCUGCCCGAGACGGGCUACAUUCAGGCCCAGUCCUCCUGCGCCGUGCAGCUCAAGUUCCUGCCGCGACAGUCCCUCCCAGAAGAUGCAGGGAAGUAUUUCGACAAGGAAAGCAGAGUCCUGGAGGCCCCAAUGACAAUCCGGGUGGCUGACCAGAUCAAGCCGGUGGGGUUUACGGUGCACGCAGUGGUCACCACCUCGGACCUGGAGCUCAGCCCCUCGGCAGUGGACUUUGGCCACUGCACCGUGUACGAGGCCGUCAGAACCCAAGUCAGCCUCUGCAACCUCUCCCUCCUGCCCCAGGGUUUUGGGUUCGUCGGGCUCCCCAAGUUUGUGGACGUCCAGCCCAGUGACGGGUUUGGGACAAUCCUGCCGCUGGAAACGCUGCAACUUGACGUGAUCUUCCAGCCCACCAAGGCCAAGGAGUACAACUUCGAGCUCGUCUGCAAGUCGGAGAUCAACCGGUGCUUCAAGCUGUCGUGCCGAGCCGUGGGCGUCCGCCCGCCCCUGGGGCUGUCCCACUACCAGGUCAAGUUUGCAGCCACGUCCCUGUACCACACAUCCGUGGCCACGCUAUACGUCAUCAACUCUCACGUGAGCAUGAGCUCACUGACUCACUCCGCUCCCCGAGUCGGCUCUGAGGACGUCUCUCCCGUGGGGCCCACGACCUUCGAGUUCCUGCCGCCCCCCGACUCGCCCAUCACCAUCUCGCCCUUGGUGGGGACCGUGCUGCCAGGAAAGAGGUGCCUGGUCCAGGUGGCCUUCCGGCCCGUGCUCCCCACCAAGCUGAUCCUCCAGGAAGCCCUCCAGACCCUGACCAAAGAAGCGGAGGUCAAGUCGCCCUGCAAAGACACGGUCACCCAGAGGAAGGACCUAAGGAGACAGUCCUCCACGCUGCGGCUGCAGGGCCGGGACCACCCGCCCCAGGCCUCCACCACCCAGGCCGCCAAGCUGCAGAAACUGGACCUCAAGCCCAGUUCGGACGAGUACCAGGCUGCCCAGGCCACCCUGGCCAGAUCUUUCCAGGGGAGGUUUGACAAGUUUGUGGUUCCCUGUGUCGUUGCCAGUGGUGACACUGAAGACAGGAAAGGGACGGAACCCCUGAGCUUCAGUCCCCACAAUACCCUGUACCUGGAGCUGUGGUGUCCAGCCGUGGCACCGUCUCUCGUGGUGACCUCCGACAAAGGCAAAACCAUCUUCAACUUCGGUGACAUCGCUGUAGGACACCGUGGCAUAAAAAAGGUCUCCAUCCAGAACAUCUCCCCCGAGGACCUCACCGUGGAGUUCUCUGUGCUGAACCCCAGUGGCCCCUUCAUCCUGCUGACCCCCAUCGGCAAGCUGCCUGCAGGCGAGACCCAGGUCCUGACACUGUCCUUCUCUCCCCGGGAGAGCAUCUUGGCCCGAGAAACACUGGACAUCAUCACCAAGAGAGACACGCUGUCUCUGACCCUUGUGGGCACUGGCGUGGCAUCCACGAUCACGUGCUCCAUUGAAGGGGACGUCCUCGACAUGGGUUACGUGAUUGCCGGAGAGUCUGUGUCCUCAAGCUUCAAGCUGCAGAACAGCUCGGCGCUGCCCAUCAGGUUCUCCAUGCAGCUGGACAGCCUCUCCAGCUCCAGGAGGGGCAAAAGCCAGCAGCGGCUGCCGCAGUUCCUCGCCUUUCCGGCCCAGAGGACUGAAGUCGUGGGCACCCAAAACCACAGCGGCCAGAGCGUGUUCAGCGUGAUCCCCGUCGAAGGCGUCAUAGACCCCGGCAAGACGCAGGACUUCACCGUGACCUUUAGCCCGGACCACGAGAGCCGUUACUUCUCCGACAGGCUGCAGGUGGUGCUCUUCGGAAAGAAACUCUCCCACCAGAUUCUUCUGAAGGGCGCGGCCCGUGAGCACAUGAUGUUCGUAGAGGGUGGAGACCCCCUGGACGUGCCUGUGGAGUCCCUGACCGUGAUCCCCACCUGCGACCCUGAGCACAGAGAAGAAGCCGAGGAGCUGAAGCCCAUCCUGGUGACCCUGGAUUACGUCCAGCUGGACACAGACAUGCCAGCCCCUCCUGCCACCCGAGAGCUGCAGGUGGGCUGCAUCCGGACCACCCAGCUGUCUCCAAAGAAGACCGUCGAGUUCAGCCUGGACGGCGCCGCAUCUCUACAGCACAAGGGCUUCACCAUUGAGCCCUCCAGAGGCUUCGUGGAGCGUGGCCAGACCAAGACCAUCAGCAUCUCCUGGCUGCCACCUGCAGACUUUGACCUGGAUCUCCACUCGUGGUGUCAGCCCUGCUGCAGCUCAAGGGGGAUGUGAAGGAGACUUACAAGGUCUUCUUUGUAGCCCAGGUGGUGAGCGGCCCCUGAGGCCACAGGAGUCUCUCCACACACCUCCUGCUCUCUCUUGAAGCCCUCCUGUGGUCCGCAAACCAGGCCAAGCCACCCACAGGCCUGGGACCUGGGCAUCCCCUGCUGGGCAAAUUCAAACGUGCAGCCCUCUUCAUGGCCCUAUGGCCGGGGCACCCCAGCCCUGCAGGCAUGGCUGCUUCCUGCUGACCUGGACCCAGCAAGUCUAGAGGCCAAGAGCACCCCUCCCUGGCCCCACCGAGAACAAGGCAACAAGGCCAGUCCUACCCACACGUACUCUUACCCUGAGCCCCUCAGAGCCCCCAGCCCCACCAGUACCCUCCUGCCCAGCCUUUAGAAGCCCUGGUGCGGGGAAGAGCUGCCCCCACAAGUCUGCCAAUAAACCUUCUGAGCUGCUUCGUACAGGCCUGCAGUGUGAGAUGCACACUGAAUGAGAGAUGGGGACAGAGCCCUGGGGAGGCAGCCCCGUGCCUUCUACCCCACCCCACCCCACCAUGCACACAGAUCAGUCCAUAUGAUGAACUCUGCCCCUCUGGAGGGUGGGUGCCUGGAGCACUGGGGGAACAGCUAGCAGGACAGGGUGCUGGGGGUAGAGGGCUGGAGUUGAGACAAGCCCAGACCUAGGAGGCGCAUCAAGGAGGGAGAAGGGUACAGGCGGCUUCAAAGCCAGGGUGACCCCUUAGGCUUCUCUGCUGCUCCCAAGUUUCAGGUUCCCUGGUGACCCUAAGCAAGGAGGGACCAAAAUGUGGGGGACUCAUUCUCGUGUCCUCCUUCAGAGCUAAGCUGGGGUCCAGGGUGAGACCCAGAACGUGAGUUUGGUUUUCCAUUUUUCUGGAACGAGUCCAGGCUCAGCCUUCUGGGCUCCAACAGGUCCUUCAAGGUAGAAGCCCCCACAGGCCAUACAAUACUCUUUGGAGCUCAGAAUGUACCCAUACCCCAGCCCCUGCCUUCUGGAUAGUGCUGGUUGGACAGCGACCCCACAGAGCACAUCCAGUCUGGCCCCCAUGCACAGCAUGCGCAACCCACCAAGCCUAGUCUCGCACCUGCCACCAGGAGAGCAGGAGUGGAGGGUGUGAUGCAUCUGGGGACCAUCCUGGGCACAGGCUUCGGGAUACCAGCCUGGAGCCACCUGCCCUAGCCCCAGUUCCUUGGUGCCCUUCAUCCCCGGAAGCCUGCCAUCUCCCUAACCUCAGGCCAGUGACAGUGACCCUAAAGUACUGUUUUGCAGGACUUCUGUCUGUGCCCUCACCAGUGCUGUCCAGCCAUAGCCCAAGCCACUUUCUCACUAGGUAAGAGGAGAAGGCAGGUCCAGCAGCCCAGGCCAAACCCGGGCUCCAGGAGGGCCUGCUCCCUGCAGGCCAUGGUCCUUGCGUCCUGCUCUGGCUAGUGGGCAGGAGGGGUAAGCCACUGUCUUGUAAACCCCGGCCUAGCUCUCCUGCUAACAGGCCCUGGUACUCACUGGCCAAGGCUCUGUCUGAACUCCUGUGCACUGGCUGGACUUCUGUCCAUCCUUCUCCCUCCCAUCCUGAGUUGGGCCUCCCAAGGCAGUGAAGGCAAGAAGGAGGAGGAAAGAUGGUCAAGAGCCAAACUUAGCCAGCUUGGCUACAGCAGGGUGAGCAAGGGGGCCCUUGGGGGGGGGGGCGGCCUGGAGGUGUGGGACAGCUUCCAGGUAAAGCCCAGGUCAAGAUCAAGCAAGAUCAAAGAGCAGGUGCCUGGCAGGUCCAGGUGGGAGAGCCACGCCCAGGAGGCCCUCCCAAUGGGGGAGAUGCAUGUAGAGUAUGUCUUGAGUGCAAUUAAGAAA